UAUGUUUUCGUAAUCCAAACAAACCUUCGAAAGUUAUUUCCAUCGAAAAGUAGUAGACAUAAAAAUCGAGAUGAAUCUCGUUAGGAGGCAGUGUUUAAGAAUUUUACAUAGCAACAUUAACAGUCAAAAUAUAUCAUACACUCUCGGUAGAGCUUCUAGUUUUAAAAGUGCUUUUUCCUUGGAGAACUUGUAUCCGGGAAGCAAACUGAAAUUGCACACUCCAACUUUCGUGCCAGAUCCUAAAGCAAAAUUCAGUGGUUAUAUACCCUUGGACAAAGUAAAAAUAACGUACAGCAGUAGCAGUGGACCGGGAGGGCAAAAUGUUAACUGUGUAAAUACCAAAGUAGAUUUAAGGUUCCAGGUGGACAGUGCUAUCUGGUUAUCGGAAGAAAUUCGAACAAAGUUAGUGGAACAAUAUAAAAAUAAGAUAAACAAAGAUGGUUACUUAAUAAUCAAGUCGGAUUUAACAAGAUCUCAGCACUUAAAUUUAGCAGACGCUCUUGAAAAGUUAAGGGCAAUGAUAAGAGCCACUUUGGUAAUACCAGCGCAACCAUCGCCUGAAUCAGAAGAAAAAAAGAGGAAAAAUCUAUUAAGAGCUGCUAGGGAGAGGCUACACGAGAAAAGACUUCAUUCUCAAAUCAAGAAAAAUAGACAAGUUCCUGCAGCUGAGUUUUAA